AUGUAAAAUUUAACAUAUUUUACACUCAAUUUGUCAUCAACCCCAUAAACUCCUUCCACUCCCACAUUCGAAUAAUCUGAUUAAGAUUAAAGUUCUAAACAUACUUCUCGUAGAACACUUUUUGAUUUAGAAGAAGAAUACAUCAUUCAUAAGAACCCUAUUUUUAGAAGAAGGUUAAAGAGUAAAUAGAAUACUUAAAUUGAUUAUUCUACCUUUUUAGGCAGGAAUUUAUUAGAAAAUGAUAUAGAAUCGGUGUGA